AAUGCGAAACGUAAAACGGUAAUCCACGUGCUUAUUAUUCCAUAAUGUCUAAAAUAUAUGUUCAGUAUGUAAAUAUUUGUUAAUUAUAUGACAUUGUAUGGCAUAAUUGCACAAAUGCAAUUUUCAAGAUUCAUAGGCUGUAAAAGAUUUCGUAUUAUUGCGGAAAUAAUAUUUGACUCAAGAUAAGAUUUGAUGUUGUAAGUAGCACAAACUUGGCAAAAUAUAUAUUGGAAUUUGGAUAGCGCGUACAGCCGGUAAGUGAGUGCCUUUGGAAAGAGCGAUAAUUGCCGUAGAGCAGUUUGAAGAAAAUGGGUGAUAAAUUGCCCGACUGGAUUAACUUUCCCUUGGAAGAAAAAGUUAUUUUAGAAUUGUGGCAAACGAUCGAUGUUUUCAAAAAUUGUUUGAAACAAUCGAAGAAUAAGCCCCGUUAUUCGUUUUACGAUGGGCCACCUUUCGCCACUGGCUUACCUCAUUAUGGCCACAUUUUGGCGAGCACCAUUAAAGACAUCGUAACCAGGUAUGCGCAUCAAAGAGGCUUUCACGUGGAGCGAAGAUUUGGUUGGGAUACUCACGGACUGCCGGUAGAAUACGAAAUCGACAAAGCUUUGAAUAUUAAGGGGCCCGAAGAUGUUAUGAAAAUGGGUAUAGCAAAUUAUAAUAAAGAAUGUAGAAAUAUCGUUAUGAAAUAUGCCAAUGAAUGGGAAAAAGUUGUGGGCAGAUUGGGCAGGUGGAUAGAUUUUAAGAACGAUUAUAAAACAUUAUAUCCAUGGUAUAUGGAAUCAAUUUGGUGGGUUUUUAAGCAGUUGUAUAAUAAAGGUCUGGUUUAUCAAGGUGUUAAAGUAAUGCCUUAUUCGACUGGCUGUAAUACACCUUUAUCAAAUUUUGAGUCGGGUCAAAACUACAAAGACGUAGUCGAUCCAUCUAUUGUUGUGCUAUUUCGGUUGAUGGAUGAACCUAAUAAGUAUGCAUUAGCAUGGACAACGACACCGUGGACAUUGCCGAGUAAUCUUGCUCUAUGCUGUAAUCCUAAUUUGGAAUACGUCGAAGCUAUCGACAACGAAACGGGGAAAAUAUAUAUCUUGUUGGAAUCGAGUCUAAGCCUUAUCUACAAGUCAAAAGAUUCAUAUAGUAUUACGAAAAAAAUAAAAGGUUCUAAUUUGAUGGGAUUGUCGUACGAACCAAUAUUUCCAUAUUUUUCAUACAUGAAGGAAAAAGGAGCAUUUAAAAUUUUAAACGACGAAUAUGUUACCGCGGAUUCUGGUACGGGUAUUGUUCAUCAAGCUCCAUAUUUCGGGGAAGAUGACUACCGCUGUUGUUUAAAAGCGGGAAUCAUAACUAAAGAUCAAGAGAUUAUUUGUCCCAUUGACAGUUGUGGACGUUUUACGUCGCCGGUCGAGGAUUUGGCUGGCCAAUAUGUAAAAGAUGCCGAUAAACAAAUCAUACAAAAUCUUCGAAAAAGAGAAAAAUUAGCUUACAGCGGCUCUACCAAACACAGUUAUCCUUACUGCUGGCGCUCGGAUACCCCAUUAAUAUAUAAAGCCGUACCUUCUUGGUUUAUCAGAGUUGAAGCAAUUAAAAAGGAGCUUUUGGAGAGCAACGCAGAGACUUACUGGGUGCCGAAUUACGUAAAAGAUAAGCGCUUUGGUAAUUGGCUGCGAGAGGCGCGAGACUGGGCCGUUAGCAGAAAUCGAUAUUGGGGAAAUCCAAUUCCAAUUUGGGUUUCCGAAGACAAAAAGGAAUUCGUUUGCGUUGGCAGCAUUGACGAAUUAGAGAAAUUAACCGGCAAAAAGGUGACAGAUCUUCAUCGCGAAAGUAUCGAUGACUUAAAGAUCCCAUCCAAUCGUCCCGGUCAUCCACCUCUUAGCCGUGUCUCCGAAGUUUUCGAUUGCUGGUUUGAAUCCGGUUCCAUGCCGUACGCCCAAAAGCAUUAUCCGUUCGAAAGAGUCCAGGAAUUCAAGGAGAGUUUUCCAGCCAACUUCAUUGCCGAAGGAAUUGAUCAGACCCGCGGCUGGUUUUACACAUUGCUAGUCAUUUCUACAGCUUUGUUCGGUAAGCCAGCUUUUAAGAAUCUCAUAGCCAAUGGACUAGUCCUCGCGUCCGACGGUCAAAAGAUGUCCAAACGCAAGAAGAAUUAUCCAGAUCCAAUGGAAGUAAUAGAGAAAUACGGCGCGGAUGCCUUGAGGCUCUAUUUGAUAAACUCGCCGGUAGUUAAAGCGGAAAAUCUUCGAUUCAAGGAGGAGGGAGUAAGGGACGUUAUCAAAGACGUAUUUUUGCCCUGGUAUAAUGCCUUUAGAUUUUUAAUCCAGAAUAUCGAGAGAUACGAGCACGAUGAAAAAACAGGCUUUGUUUACAAGGAUAUGAACGAGAAUUUUCAAUUAUCCAGCAAUACGAUGGACAGAUGGAUAUUAUCCUUCACGGAGACGCAACUGUGCUUUUUGAAUAAGGAGAUGAAUGCUUACCAUCUCUACACCGUCGUGCCUCGUCUCAUUAAGUACAUUGACAACCUGACCAACUGGUACGUAAGGAUGAACCGCAAACGCAUAAAAGGCGAGUUCGGCGCGGAGGAUUGCCAUCACGCCUUGAACACGCUGUUCCGUGUGCUUUAUACGAUGGUCCGAAUUAACGCGCCGUUUACCCCCUUCCUUGCCGAGUUCAUGUUCCAAAGACUGCGCAAGUACUUGCCGUCGCUCGAUAACGCCGGCAGCGUUCAUUAUCAGAUGAUACCCAAUGCUUGCGAGGAGCUCGUCGACGAGAAGAUCGAGCACGCGGUGCUUUGCAUGCAGACUGUCAUCGAGCUUGCUCGCGUCAUCAGAGAUCGGAUGACCAUACCCAUGAAGUAUCCGUUGCCGGAGCUCGUACUUAUCCAUCAGGAUUCCGAAACACUCGAGGACAUUCUUCGCCUCAAGGCCUACAUUCUGGAAGAAGUGAAUGUGAAGGAGCUGACCGUAACUAGCGACAAAGCCAAGUACGGGGUGACCCUGAGAGCCGAGCCGGAGCACAAAACUCUCGGUGCGAGAUUAAAGGGCGAAUUCAAGGCGGUUACGACGGCCAUCAAGGAGUUGAACGACCAGCAGCUACAGUUAUUUGUCGAGAAACGAGAGAUCGAGGUUCUGGGCCACAAACUCGAAGGCAGCGAUCUUCGGCUGAUGUACAAUUUCAGCGGGCCCACGGCUCAGGAGCUCUCGAAGCGCUACGAGUCCCACAGCGACGGCGAUGUUCUCAUUCUACUUGACGUCACGUCGGACGAGGCUCUGCUGAACGAAGGCCUGGCUAGGGAAAUUAUUAAUCGCGUGCAGAAGUUGAGGAAGAAGGCGAAACUUCAGCCCAUGGACGAGGUUACGCUUUAUUACGAGGUGAAGGAGAGAGACAGCAACAUUGCCAAUAUUAUUGUCACGCACAAGGACUUUAUCGAGAGUACCACCAAAACUCCCCAGAGGAAUAUAACCGAAAAGCCCGUGGGUGCAAAGACGAUAAUCGAAGAAACGUUAAAUAUCAAAGGCGUAGAUCUCCAUCUGACAUUGGUGUGUGAGAACUUUGAUGCGAAAUCCGAGACUUCGAUUAAGGAGACGAAAAUUGACACUUUCGCUAAAUAUGUUAACGUUGAGCUGGUUGGUUUUCAACCUAGAUUUGGAGCUACUAGUCGCUUAGCCACAAUUUUAUUAGAGAAUAUUGAUAAUAAGCCUAUAGCUUAUGCCGAUCUCAGAGCCGAGGUAUCGAGAAUAUUUGGUAUUUACGGAUGCCAUUAUGAUUUAUAUUGUAACGAGCGAAUGAUCGAUGAUAAAAGUAACAUCAUAGCGUUGAGUGAAUCGCUAUUGCGUGUAAUAAAAACUGGAGAAACAUUGCCGAAUGUGGCGAAAUCCGUUAGUAAAGAACCGGCUUGUCGUUUUAUAAACGUGCAAAACAAAGAGAAGAAGAUCACGGUGCUACUGGAAAAUCCGCAAGGAGAUUUUACAAUGAAUGACGAUAAAUUGAGACAAACGCUUGAAUUGCUUUUUCCAAAAUCUAAUUUCUUACUACCACCGGUUUCUACCCUGCAACUCCAUGGAUUGACAAUACAAAUAAUUAAGUAAAGGUUUCAAAAAAUUU